GCGCUCAGGGGCACGGCCUGAGCUGUAGAGCCCAAAGGAUGGGGCAGGUUUUUGGGAGCUGUGUGCUGACAGCUCCUGUCCUGCUCUCUCCCUGCAGACGCCGUCGUAUCCAGGCCAACCCAACUCGUCCGAGGGGAUCUCCACGGCUCUGUCACAGUCCUGUGCCCCUCUGGGGACACCCAGAGUGACCACAAGAGGUUCUGGUGCAAAGUGGGCAGAAGGAGCUGCACUCUCAUCGCCAGCUCUGACGGCUACGUGGGCAGGAGGUACCAAGGACGGAUCGUUAUCAGCCCUCAGGACAGCUCUGGAGCUUCCAAAGUCCUGAUAAACGACUUAAAGCAGGAAGAUUCGGGGCUGUAUCUGUGUGGGACACAAGGCCCGAGGGGUCAGGACAGCCUGCAGGAGGUGGUUCUGCUGGUGGCCACAGCCUCUGCCCUUCCCAGGAGACCCAAAUUCCUCAGCGGCACCGCCGGGGGCUCGCUGUCCUUCCAGUGCCACCACGACCCCAAGGGCACCUACGAGAAGAAGUACCUGUGCAGGUGGCAGGGAGGGAGCUGCACAGUGCUGCUGGAUGACGAGGGGUUUGUGCUGGAGUCCUACCGAGGGCGGAUACAGAUGUCCAGCAGCCACCCCGAGCGUGGGAGCUACACGGUGCUGCUGAGGCAGCUGAGGGAGGAGGAUGAAGGCUGGUACUGGUGUGGGGCCAGGAGUGGGCACACAGAGCUCACGGCCUCGCUGAAGCUGCUCAUCCACAAGGGAACCUGCUCCUCAUGGGACCCAGGAACAGCCACGGCACCAAGUCCUGCUGCCCCCAGCACGGCCAGGCACGGGAGGAUGGCAGACGUGAUGGGCACUGUCCCCAAGGACACCACCAUGGCCAGUGUCACCCACAGCACCACCAUGGCCAGUGUCACCAUGGGCACUGCCCCCAAGGACACCAUGGCCAGUGUCCCCAAGGACACCAUGGGCACUGUCCCCAAGGACACCACCAUGGGCAGUGUCACCCACGGCACCACCAUGGGCACUGUCCCCAAGGACACCAUGGCCAGUGUCACCCACACCACCAUGGCCAGUGUCACCAUGGCCAGUGUCCCCAAGGAUACCAUGGCCAGUGUCACCCACAGCAGCAUCUCCCUGCUACCCUCUGCCAUCCCUGGCACCUCUGCAACCUCCCCAGGUGAAGCCUUUCAGGAGAGGAGAGGAAAGAAGCCCCACGGGGAGCCUGGAGCCAGCUUUGGCUGGAAGGGAAGAAGGGAUGGAGGAGCCCUGGAAGGGAGGAAGGGAUGGAGGAGAGCCCGAGUCCAGGAGAAGAGCAGGAAUUCAGGAUGGGCUCUGACAAAUGUAGGACAAUCUCUGUUAUCCUUGGAAAUAUCAGGAUGACCAGCUUCUAUUCACUCUACGGAGAAAAAUUACUUUUCCAGGUGUCUGAUGAAGACUUGAGCCAGAAUCUGCUGUGGAAGCCCCUGGGUACCUGAGCUGGGAAUUUUCUCUGUGGAAAGACAAGCCCCCAACACCUCCCAGUGCUUUCCCCAGAACCCAAAUCCCCUUUAGUGAAAGCUGAACCCCCACACUGCCCAAACAGCUCCGUGUUUUGGAGAAAAGAGAAUAAAAUAACGCACCUGAA